AGUCUACCGUCGACUCUGACGCCAACAACAAUCUAGCAGGCCGUCGCGAUCGUGUUUUGCUUGGCGUGCGGAAGGCCAUCGAACCUUUCCGAUGUCUGUGCGUAUAGUGUGACCGUUUCGGCUUAUUAUUGUUGUCAUUGUUGCUAAGAACUGUCAUUUUUGAGGUGCAGUACUGUCGCCUCUGACAGGUACCUGUCUGUGCCGGUCUUUUUUUAUGGCGGUGAUUGAAAUGAUAGUGGACUGUCGAUGAUGGUGGACGUUAUCUUUGGUUGGAUUUAGAAUUGGUGGAUAGGAGCUACAAGCUACAGGUGCUCUGUGGAUGUGGAAUGAAGGCGGCGAUCCUCCGGUGCCGGGCAUGGACUGCCUCCAGCUGCGCCACCAACCGGCCGGGCCCUUCCACUACCUCAUCAGCGAGCAGGCCAAGUCCCUCGUCGCCCUCCAGGAGCUGCAGCAUGAGGUCGGCGCUCUGCUCGAGUUCCGCGACCUCGUCAUGGCCACCUUCCCCGACCUGCGCUCCAAGCUCGCCGCCUCCACGCCCUCCACGAUGACGUCACACCACCACCUGUUGCACCACCCCCACCAGCACCACCAGUCGAACAUCCCGGUGUCGAUCAGGCCGGGCGAUUGGACGCCGGGCGUGCGGGUGAGGAAGAAGAUCGGGAGCAAGGAGGAGGGAAGGGGUGGGAGGAAGGUGGGGGAGGUGGCGGUGCAGGACUCGGGGUUCAGCACGGAGACGUCGAGCAAGGAGACGCAUAGCGCGUCGUCGUCGUCGGCAGUGUUACCUUCAUCUAGUGCCCCAGGUCCUACGGAGAACGACGAGGUCGAAGACGAGCUCUGGAAUCUGCUUGACAUCAUCCACCGCAAGGGCACCCGCUUAAAAGAUGAGGCGGAGGCCCUGCAGGGUACCCUCCGGCACCAGGGUGACCUGCGGAAGGAGGACGACCGCUCCUUCCGUCAGACCCUCUUUCACUCCUCCUCUGUCGAUGAUGUCCGACAGCUGCGGCAAGAACGGGAUUCGCUCAUCGAUAGGUUGGCGGAAAUGGAGGCGGAGGUAUUGGCAGGAAGGGUGCAUACGUCCAGGUUACAAGAAGACUUAGAGAACCUGUUGAGCACCAAACAAGAUCUCGAGGAGCAGCUGAAAGCGGUUGUGACGCAAAGAGUGAACAGCCGCAUCCACGACCUCCACCUGCAGUUCGUGAAAAGCGGCGCUGGUGUCGCGGACCGCGACGAACCCGGCGGUCGACGCCCGACCGGCGAUCGCCGUGACCCGCCCUCUUCGAUCUGUUCUAGUCAGAGGGCGGGCAGGGAGGCGCCCAGCGAGAUCGACGCCGCCCUGGGCGACGAGGUGCCGCGGGUGGGGGCGCCCGACGGCCGGAAGGUUGCCGCCAUCUUGCGGGAGCGCGACCCGCUGGUGCUGCAGAAGCAUCUGCUGACGACCACCGUGCGAAAUCAGACUAAUACGAAUUUAAUCAGAAGCGAGUUUUCCGGUUACUCUUCGCCGGGAAACAUGUUGAAUCUGCCAGAAGACCUUGAUGGUGACUCUCUAGUCACACUACUACAUCAAAUAUUGGAGAGACUCAAUAAACUGAACCCCCAUAACCAGCUGUCUAUCCGUCCUGUAAGCGAUCAGCCACAGUCCGAUCAUCUUCCGAAAUAUGGUAAGAGGCCAUUUCAGGACACAAAUGACUUACAUGAGACUAAUUACGAGAAGGAAUUUCCAAUGAUUCCUCUGAGUAACCGAUUCGACCAACUGAGUGAGUUACAAGACGAUGAGAUGUCGGAAUGUUCUUCUGUGAAGUCAUCCUCUUCACAAAAGUCCGUCAGAGCAAGAAAAUCACUGUCUGAUAGAAAUGUCAGAGAUGAUAUUUCCUGUCCCUACUUCAAUUCACAAUUGAGAUCAAGAUCAAGAUCGCCCCAAAUGCCCCAAAUGAGCCAAUUUCAGCAGAAUUCUGUCCAGUUGAAGCGACAGGGAUCAAAGGUCCCAAUGAAUUCGCAACACAAGCCCUCAAGUAGUAGUCUACGAGAUUCAAUUCCUACUAAAAUAGACAAAAAUAAUGUAUCUGUUAAUCAAAAUGUAGAUAAUCACCAGGUAAGAGUCCCUCCUAUCAUUUUGAGAGAUAAAACUAAAUGGACAAGUCUUUCCAAAGAGCUACCAACCCUGCAAAUCAACUAUUUUAAAGCAGUCAAUACAACGGAAGGUAUCAAGGUUUUCUGCGACAGCCCUGAUUCAUUCAGGGCACUCACUCGACUUUUAGAUAAUAAAAAGUAUCCGUUUCAUACCUAUCAGUUGCCAGACGAGAAAUCACUGAGAGUUGUACUCAGGAACGUCUCGGAACACAUCGAGCCGGAUGAUAUAUCAGAGGAGUUGACUGAGAGGGGCUUUGAAGUCACAUCAGUACAUCGUAUGAAGCGCCGCGAUGGCACUGCAAUGCCUAUAGUCCUGGUUCUGUUGCCAAAAACUGAGAAAAAUCGUGAAAUUUAUGAUAUAACAAGGUUGGUUGGCUUGACCAUCAAGGUAGAACCCCAAAGACCCAAGGCACAGGUCCUGCGAGAACAGCUCGAUAGUGCAGCAGGCCUUGAAAUCGGACUCCGGGACAAGUUGGACAAAGCGAGGGAAGAAAACGAAGACUUGCGGUUUCAGCUCGAGGACAGGAACAUCGAGCUGGAAGGCACGCGGGCGCGAGUGCGCAUGCUCGAGUCCCUCGCGCCGCCCCAGCUGCGCCCCCACCCGACCUCGCCCGACAUCAUCCCGGCGCUCGAGUCGGGCGGCGCCGGUCCGCCCACCCCCUCCACCCGCCCCGAGGUGUCGACGGCGAGCAUGCGCGCCAUGCAACCGCUAGACUUCGACAGUUUGAGGGCCGCUGACAGGUCGAGCGGCACCGAGUCGGCGCACAACGAGUCGGCGGAGAGGGAGAAGAAGAGCCGAAGGCCGAGCAAGAUUCCGUUGAAGAGUUAUACGGCGCCCAAGCCGCCAGCAGGCAAGCACAGUCCGGCACCAGGCACGCGCAGCCGCAGCGGCGAUUCCCCCCACCGCUCGCACUCCACCCAAUCCUGGAGGACCAACAAGAGCGAGGGCAACAGCCUGAACGGCCCCCCCAAACUCACCGCCUCCCUACCGAAAUCCCGCAACAGCUCGCUGGUCACCGCCAAGGACUCCCUAUCGAGCAAGCUGCGCAACAGCGACUCUCUCAUGAAGCUGUCACACGCGGCGCCCGACAGCCCGAAACCGUCGCGCAACAGCUUCAAAACGGCGCCGGUCGGCUUUAACGGCUUCAAGGCCUCGGCGCCGGCCGUUAACAGCUUCAAAACGGGCUCGGGCGCGGUCGUUAAGAAGACAGCCGGGAUGCCGGUAAAGAAGGACUCUUCGGCUAUCGGCGAUAAGAUAGUAAACUCAAAUUCGUCAAAAGAAAAAUCUCAGUCUCCAUGGAAUCACUCUUCGUAUAGCAGCGAGCCCGAGGACCUCGCCUACCCGGAUUCUUUGGACCAGAGCAUCGGAUCCGCCCGACAGUCCAUCACCGAUAGCACGGGCAGCCGCUUCCAAACCGCCAACACCUUCCUGUGGACCGUGGGCAGCCAACGGGCGGCCAAGGUCGAGUACUACGACAGCAUCGACACCAAUAUGGCGUCCAGUUUGUUCCAUAAUGGGGAGGAGUUGGCCGAGUGCGAUUCGCUGGAGAGACACCUGUCGGAUUUUUCCGAUAGGAAGUAGUUUCUUAGCAAUUUGGGGUUGGUCUGCUUGGUUUUUCUGCUGCUUCGGGAAGUUGUAUUGAGCUAUCCACUUGUUUUUAUUAUGAAUGAGUGUUUUGUAGAUUCAUCUCUCGAGAUUUGAGGGAACGUUUCGCCUGAAGUUUAGAGCUCUUACCUUCUUCUGGGUAUGCCAAAUAUGUUAUGAUUAUAGUGUCUAUCUGGAACUGAUUUUGGAUCAUCAAGGGAUGUCGUAAGUUUUUGGUUCUUUGCGGGAAUAU